UGGGAAGGUUAAAUAAAUAAUCGUUAAUCGAAGCAAUCGCAGUAAUUAAAGCCAAAAAGUUCAUGUCCAAACUUCUUUAUGCGCCGGGAGUAAAUUUCAUUUGAAGCGUUUUCAAAAUGAUGGAACUCUUGCCUCUCACGGAAGCGGAAAGAGGAUCCGAACGGUUGCGAAAAGCUCUUGACAAGGAACUGUUUAUCUCUAACUGCAAAACGCGAAUCAGAGGGCGCAAAAAGCUGCAAAAAUACUUGCCAGAGCGAUCCAGUUUUUUGUUCGAUUUUCUGGAACGACACCGGAUCAGUCGGAAUGCUCAUCUGCGCACCAACAUCUACAAAGAGCUGCUCGGUGAGUCGGAUCGAUCCGUUCAGCUGAAGAACAAGGUGAUCAGCUCUAUGAUUCCAGACGAGGUGCUAACCAGCGCCGAAGAUUAUCGGCCCCGGAAGUUCAUGACCGCUAUGAUGUUUGUGGAUGUUUCCGGCUUCACGGAUCUGUCGGAAAAAUUCAACCAACCGGGCAAAGGCGGAGCCUCGAAGCUGUCUCAGGUGCUAAAUUCCUAUCUGGGGGCCAUGGUCCAGGAGAUUUUGUCUCACGGUGGGGAUCUGCUCAAGUUUUCCGGCGACGCGUUUUUAGUAUUGUUCAAAGAAAAUCCAUCUCUGUCGCUACCGGAUGCUACCCACAGGGCCAUCGAUACUGCUAUCAUUUUGCAGAAGUCGUUCGGGGCCUAUGUAACGGAAGUUGGUGUUACGUUACGGGUCAAAAUUGCCAUUUCGGCUGGGGAAGUUUACUUUACGCUGAUAGGAUCGGAGCUCUUUUCGCACUACAUCGUUAUUGGGCAGCCGGUGUGGAAGGUGAAGAUUGCCGAAAAGGUUGCGGAAGCUGGAGACAUCGUUGUGAACUUCUUGGCUUGGAAUUAUAUUCACGACAACGAGUACAUUUCUGAGCACUGCGAUGAUAAGGUUCAUGUUAAAAUUUUGGGUUUCACAAGCUAUUGGCGAUCGACUCAACGUUUAAAUCUGUUCGAUAUGAUGCAUGACUUGGACGAAGAUGAAUCAGAAAUGAUGGUUGGAACCGAUGAGGUGAAGCUUGACUUGGAAACGCUUCGAAUUCGCCCAAGUUUGAAACACGUUGCCUCCCGUGCCGUUUCGGCUUCGUUGAGGCGAUUCAUGAUCAAACCUAUCCUGUACGCGAUUGACAAUCAAGAACCCCUGGAAUAUCUGACCGAAAUGCGACAGAUUGUAACUGUUUUUUUAAACAUCGUGUUGAAACCGAAAGCGAUACGUGUGGUAAUUGAUGAAAUCAAUUCAAUUUUUACCCAGCUUUGCGAACUCGUGACGGGUUACGAAGGAACCGUCAACAAGGUGUCGCUUUUCGACAAGGACGUGAUGGUGUUGAUAAUUUUCGGACUUCGUGGGUACAAACAUGAGCUUGACAGCCAGAUAGCUCUGCGCUGUGCUGCCGAAAUACGGGAUGUGUAUAGAUCAAAUCCAAAAGUUCUGUCGGCAUCGAUAGGCGUUACAACUGGAAUGACUUAUUGCGGAGUUGUAGGACAUUUUGUGCGGCGGGAAUAUUCGGUCAUAAGUGUUACGGUUAACAAGGCGGCUCGGCUUAUGAUGGCCUACCCGAACAAGGUGACUUGUGACAGGGAUACGUUUAUGAUGAGCAAAUUGGAUCCGAUUCAUUUCACGCUUCAAGAACCGAUCGAGUUGAAGGGGCUUCAAAACGUGGGACCAAUCUAUGAGUUCAGGGAAAUCAUACCGGAACGAGAAUUGAUAAAGCCGAUCGAGUACGAGUAUCCACUCGUCGGUCGCGAUGAAAUUCUCGAAGUAUUUCAGGACAUGCUAGAAGACGGUCUGUUUCAGUCGCGACAUUUUUCCUCCAGUUUAUCCAUUGAAACCGCCAACAACCAAAACUGUUUGCUCAUCAAGGGAGAGGCUCAGAUGGGAAAAUCUAGACUGUUAAAUGAAUUAUUCAAUGUUUCGCUGAAAAAUAAGAAAAGCAGUACCUUGAGGCUAACGUUGUGUAUGAAAGACAGUAAGAGUCCAUACUCCGCUGCAUAUCUUUAUUUGUCGCGUCCGCUCGGAUUCACCGAAACUAUCACAAGCAUAACUCGUCAAAACCGCAUCAAACAAUAUUUGGUGGAGUACAGAGUUUUCAGUAAACUUUGGUUAUUGAAUGAAAUUCUUAAGGUGGAGUUUCCCGAAACAGAAGCCAUUCGAAAUAUGAGCAAAGCGGAACAGGAAAUUCAGCGGCAUAAACUGUUCGAGUUAUUGUGCCUCAAGGCCUUCCAAAACUUAUGGGUUUUAAUUAUUGACGAUGCAGAAUUCAUGGACAACGAAUCCUUCGAGCUGUUUGAAGUGAUCUGGAAAAUGCCGCAGGUCAUUUCGGUGCUCGCCUUCGGCUAUCAGCGGCGGGUCGAGCAGAGGUGCCUGAAGGUGUUCGAUGACCCACGCGUCUUCCAGAUGAAGCUGUUGCCGAUCGAUACCCUGCUGCAGAAGGCGAUCGCGUGCCAGUUCUUGAAUGUUAACGCCAUUCCGUUGGACUUAGAGCGAGCCAUUAACACCAGGAGCAACGGCAACCCGGGUUGGAUGAAUACCUUCCUGAUGUCCCUGCGUCAAAGUGGAAUGCUGCGUAUGGUUCGGAUGAGCUAUUUCCAGGCCCAAUCGCAGGGAUUCGUUUUCUGUGAGGCCGGUUUCCUGCAGCGAGGAAGUGACACCAGAUCGUCGUUGCUUUUCCGUUUGAACACAACGGAUUGGGAUCUGUUCGAGUCGUGCUGUGGGGAUGAUCAGGAAAUGAACUUUGCGGAGUCCUCUUUCUCGAGCAAGCUGGUGGAUGUGGCCACUCUGAGGGGAGAAAUUGAGGCCCAAAACUAUUUUUCAUCCUCCUGUCUUGAUGCAUUUCAUUUGAUGCUGUACGAUUCGCUUUCCUCUUAUGAGCAAUUUGUAUGCAAGUGUGCCGCCGUCCUGGGGGAAAAGUUUCUGCGGUUGGCGCUAAUGUUUGUCAUCGCCCAGGAUGACGAACAGGAUGUGUCCAUUGCAAUCAAGAAACUUUUUGACCUUCAAAUCUUGUCCUGUGCCGUUGGCGAUUUCACGCAAGGCUCUGUUCUGUACCAAAAAAAUGUCAACGCCAGCUACCUAAAGAAGGUAACAUGUGGCUGCAUCAAUCUAAUUAUUCCGAGAGCGUGUAGAAAUUUACCCCGAUAUGCCGCAUGCGGCUAUGCCAAGUUCAACUCUAACCAAUUCCGGCAAACCGUUUACAAUUUGCUGACCGAGGAGCAGAAGACCGAAUUCCACAGCAGGGCGCUCACAUUCAUUGAGUGUGAAUCAAAAAAAUGUUCCAGUUGUGGGGGCGGAUCCUUCCAUAACUUAAUCAGCUUGGAUGACCAGUUUGAAGUUCUAGUCGGUUUCAAGGAUCGCAAAUUUUUGGAAAUACCAUACAAUAAUGUAAAAUUGCGAUACAGCACGUACCACCCACUGGAGUCCGUUAGAAGGAGCAAUCAAUUGUUAGAAUGUUUUUGGUUUGCCAAGCGGCAUCCCUUCCAUAACCAAGUUCCGAUUCUGAGCUAUCGGGAGUUCAACUUUACCCAAUGUCGAUGUCAUACCAUAAAGUAUUCGAUGUAUAGCGAAGUGGUAUUCCACAGCAAAGGAGCAGGAUUGUCGGAAAAGCACAUCGAGGCCCAAAUAGAGUGGGCUAAUUGUUGCAUCAAAAUAGCUAACAUUCCGAAGGCUAUCCAGAUGUUAGAAAGCGUUUUGGAACAGUUUCAGGACAUCGAUCGCUUCGAAAACAUAUCAUUGAUGACAUAUUUGAAAGGUCGGCUCUAUACGCUGUUGGCCCUUUGUAGAUUCGAACUGAAACAGUUCACACUGGCAACCGAGUACUUCUACACAUCUGCUGAAAUUCUUGGUGUGAAGUUUCCCAAAUCAAAUAAACUUGCCAAGAUUCAGUACGACAUCCUGUUCUACAAAGUCAAGGCAAUACUUCAACGCAAUGAACUGAAACCUUCUACCCAAUCCCGGCCGAUUUGGUAUGCUCUGAUCUGUUCGCAGCUGUCGACCUGUUUCGGAGGCAUGUUCGGGCUUUUUCGCAAACUAAGCAAAUGGAAACUCGCUCAACUGGCGGCCAUCUGGAGCCUGAAGCACGCUCUGAAAUAUCGACGCAAUGGAGGAGUGCUAGUGGAUGCCUUCGCAGCUUUGUUCCAGAUUGCAUUUCACAUGGGAUUUUCCGAGAGUAUUGCUUGGAUGCAAGAGCGAUCCCUGCAGAUAAUAGCAUCCAAUGUUUAUGAAGUCAAUGUCGAUUAUAUGAAAUCCAUUAUUAGGUAUUACACGGCUCUGUUGAUGUGUCAAACUAUUCGAAGCACGAAAACACUAUCGAUAGAAUUAGGUAAAGUUGUGCUGGAAAUUACUGAUACACUGCAAUACAAAUCCGGAGAGUGGCACAUAAUUCCUAUACUGGCUGAACUUCUGUUGUCCCACAAACGAAUACCGGAAGCUGUGGAAAUGCUGAAACAUUUUGAGGAACGCACUUCCAAAUAUCAGGAUGAUGCCGGCAAAGCCUGGUACUAUGCAAUUGCUAUGGACAUUAUGUUGGACACGAGUUGUUGUAUCGAAUCUUACAAAUCUUGCGAAAGUUUUGUGCUAGAAAACUGCGAAGCCCUCGGUUAUCAGAAAGAUGCCUACGCAGUUAAUCGCCUGUAUGCCGAUCUUUGGCUUUGGUGUGUAAGAAAUGGUGCUUGGGAAACGGCAGACACGUGGAUGAAUAAACUGCAGGCAGUUUUCGUCCUCACACCUCACGAUUCGAUGAUCAAUGUACAUACCUCUGUUCGCUUAAUGGAGGGUUUGAAUCUUUGCCUGGUUAAUAAAAUCGAAUCUCGUAGCGUAAUAGCUAUUGCUAAAUUGAAGACUGCGAUUCUCAAAAUAAGCGAAAAUAUAGAAAAUGCCUUGCAAAUCAGUAAGUGCCACGAAGCAAAGUAUCGUUUUCAGAAAAUGUUUUACAAGCAUAUUACACACGCCAAACCGAAAAAUCUUGAAACGAUGGAAAAGAUCAGUAAAUAUGCCGUUAGUCGAAAUGAUUUGCUGUGCGGAGAAAAAGUGCUUCACAAUGUUAUGCACUGGCGUUGCGAGCUAUCGCCGAUGAUUGAUUCGUUCUGGGCCGAUCACUGUUCUGGCGGAUCCAACGUUGAAGAAGUUCAGGACAGUGGAAUCGUGAGGACACAAACGACGGGGCUGCCGGAAAAUUUACCAUACGAUUAUACCUGCUUCACGAUGAAUGAUCAACGAGUGUACCCGUUUUCGUUGCCUCUGCCGAAGGCCCGAUAUUUCUGAUAGAAUUUGUCGCCGUUUUGUUUUAAAACAGUUAAAAUCAAUGUUACAGUUUCAA